GUCACAAGAAUGAAGAAUGGCCGCAUGCUGAUCUGCUCUACCCGCGAUCAUUUCAUUUUUGUUCAUUCUGCACAAAAUGGAAUAUCGGUUACAGUGAGAGCAGUUCGAUUUUUUGCUGUGACCAAAAUAACUAUGGUUUUCAGGCCCGUCUCUAGCUUUUGGGAACCUCGCGUCAGCUGUACCAGACUGAUAAUGUUGGUAUUGAGGCAAUAAUCGUAGCUCCGAUUUAUUGGCGUACAUUUUGCGAGCUGUGCUCAAAUUGCAACAAUUUGCUUACGAUUUCUUUCCGCCAAAUUCGAAUGGAUAGAAGAGUUGCAAAGAUCGAAGAAGAAGCUGCACUUAUUUUCUACAGUUUAGAAAACUUAAAGGAUAUUAGUUUUCGUGAGAUACCCUCCCAGCCAGACAACCAGUACAAACCUCAACUGAGAAACGAAUCAUCUGUUGCCAAAAGCAGCGAAGACAUUUUCGAAUUCGAAAAGGUUACAGAUGAUGGUGCUGUGGAACCGAGCGCAGGGGAAUUCCCAGUGCACGAUCCGGAGUACACCAUUACUCAACAAGGGGAAAUUAGCGAAGAAAUGGAAAUUCAGAAAUCCAGAGAUAUUUUCGAAUACAACUUCAAUCCACCGAACGAGAGCGACGUGGAUGCUUCCACCGAUCAUAACAUUACAAUUCUACCCAACCCCUCACGUCCAUCUGAAGAAUACUCGAUCCAGUCGCAAACAGACCGAUUUCCCUCGGAAUCCAGUCAGCAACGCGAACUACUGAUUGUUCCAUCACAGCGAUUCAAAAAGGUUACACACAAUGUGACGGAGAAUGAGCAACGCAUUGAUGAACUGGAUCGACGUAUAAAAGUUUACGUUAUUGAUGCGUUCGAAUCCCAGAAAAGUUGCGUGGAAAACCUCAUGGACGAGAAACGAAACAACUGUGCAAUACGCAUUCAGCAUCUGCUGGCAGCUAGAAGUUUCCAAAAGGUCAUCGGCAUAAUCCGACGAAUGCAGGUUGUUUUUAGUUUACGGGAUAUCGACAUGGCUGUUGUGGGCAACUGCGCCUUUAAUUUGCUGGAUUAUAAAACGGCUAUACUUUGGUUCAGCGACGCCGUUGUGCUUUCGGAUGGAAAGAUGGACUUCUCCGAUCGUUGCGCCGAAUGCUACUUCCGUCUAAGUGCCAUGUACAGCCAAAGCGGCAAUAGUCAUCAAGCACUUCUUCAUUUGCGAAAAGCAAUUUGUACGUUUCCUAACAAUUUAGCGUAUCACCAAGCGCUAAUUAAUAAGUACAUCGAGCAGAAAAAUUAUAAAGAUGCUGUUCUGGCAAUUGAGGACGCUGUUAAAACAUCACAAAGUGACAAAGUUGUGGUCAGCAAUCUACUGCACCAGGAAGCCGCUUUAUUAGAAAAUAUGGAAAUGUUGCCGGAGAUGUACGAGUGCUUGAGUAAAUCCUUGCAAGCCAAUCCCAGCAACGAAGCAGCAAUGGAUCUGCAUCACCGUUUGCUAAACAUGCAACAGCAGCUGCUACAGGACGCGCGGAAACUCUUCACCAUCCAACGGUAUCAUGCCGCUAGGAAUAAAGUACAGGAAUUAAUCCGUCAUAAUCCACAACAUAUACAAGGCUUAUUCCUGAUUGCGAAGAUAUUCCGCAAACAAAAUGAUUUCUGGUCGGCUGUGGAGAUGCUCGAGCUCAUCCUCCGCAAUGUCAAUCUCACGGAUGCAGAAAAGUCAUCGUCCGUAUUGUACGAAGUUGUUCUGCUAUUGAAUGACUGCGGAGUAGAAUUCUUGUCCACCGGAAAUGCUACUGCAGCUGUUGCAGUAUUUGAAACGGCAGUAAAAAUAGUGGAAAAGUCCGCGAUGUUGGAUGUGGAGCAAAUUUAUAUAUUGAAAUUUACCAUGUAUGCAAACUACGGCACAGCCAUGGAAAAGGCAGGAAAUGUGCGGGAAGCGAAGGUUAUGUAUGAAAAAUCCGCUGAAAUUCUGACGUUACUGACGCAGAACACUUUCCAAGGAACCUCUUUGUCGUUUGCCGGUUUAGUUCGAAACCAUCGGAACAAACUCUUGGAUGCGAUUAGUCGCGUGGAAAUGAAGUCAACUCAUCGCAGUCGGCUACAACAACAGCAAAUACGAAGACUGACCAAUUACGACAGGCGCAGUUAUGGCGCGACUGAUGCCGCGUCUACAAGCAGCCAAAAAUAUUAAAACACUCUCCAUAAUGGAGAAUCCGGGCGAUUGGGAGCGCUUUCAACGAUUACGGGCGCAACCGCAUCGCACACGCUUUGGAGCUGGUAUGGCCAUGAUGGUAUGCGGCGGAGGAGUUGCUCUGGGAUUUUGGCUUAGCCAGAAAUUUGCUGA